AUGGCUCACCCGACAAGCAAGACGUACCAGGUCCGCUCCGAAGGCGUCUUUCGCGGAUUGCCCGUCAUUGAUCCUGCUCGGAAGAAUCUUCGAGCCAUUGUUGUUGGCGCCAGCGGCCAAUCUGGCCAACCCGUGGUUGAUGUGCUCAGCUCCAGUCCGGACCGAUGGGAGAAGAUAUAUGCCCUGUCAAGGAGGCCGCCAACCACCGAGGCGAAGAAUGUCGAGCAUGUAGCCGUGGAUUUGCUCUGGGAGCCCGAUCGAAUUGCCAGUGCUUUACGGAAGCACAAAGUCCACGCUGACUACAUCUUCUACUUCGGCUAUGUACAGGUUGCAAGAAAAGGUGCCGAUUCGAAGGUGUUUGGCGAUGCAAAUCACUUGGCCGAAACGAACGGCCGGCUUUUUGAGAACUUUCUGUUCGCCUUGGACCAAACAGAUGUUCACCCCAGGCGAAUCGUGCUUCAGACGGGAGGAAAGAAUUACGGUGUUCAUCAAGGCCCCGUCAAUGUUCCUCUCACUGAAGGAGCUCCUCGGGUCGAGUUAGAGCCCAACUUUUAUUACACCCAAGAGGAUUUAUUAGUGAAGUAUGCCAAAACCCACCCGGGGGUCAGCUACAACGUGACCAUGCCGCAGUGGGUUCUGGCCGCCGUCGCGGGUACAGAUAUGACCAUCUUCUAUCCGCUGGCGGUCUAUGCUGCCAUUCAACGAAAGCUCAACCAGCCCCUGAGGUAUCCGGGUGAUCUGGUAUCUUGGGACAACAAUCAUCCUAUAUCCUCGGGUUUCGUUCUCGGUACAUUUUACGAAUGGUUGGUCUUGACCGAAGGCACGGCUGGGGAGUCUUUUAACAUCACCGAUGGCUCUGAGUUCACUUUCUCCAAGUUAUGGCCAAUUCUGGCGUCCUGGUUUGGCGUAAAGUGGCUUCCACCACGGGAGGACGCCAUCUACCACGAGGUAGAGCUGCCAUUUGUUCCGAGAGGAUACGGGCCGAAAGGAAAGCUCCGGUCGACGUUUAGCUUCAUCGAUUGGGCAAAGGAGCCAGCAACGCGGCAAGCCUGGGCUGAGCUGAAGCAAGAAUACGAACUCACCACCGAGCCUUUACAGGAUCCCGACAAGACAUUUGCUUUCUUACAGUUCGCGCUCGAGCUGACAUGGUCCUGGCAAACAAGCAUGGAUAAAACCCGAAAGUUUGGUUGGUAUGGCUCUGCAGAUUCCAUCGAAUCUAUUCAUGCGGUAUACCAAAAAUUCACCGAGAUGAAAAUGCUUCCACCAUUCUGUAUGGGAAGUCAUAGCUAG